AUGGGAAAGUAUCACUGGAGAAAUGGGAAUGGAAUGAACAAGGGUUACUACAGAAGAAUUAGGAAGGAGGAGCCAUGGCUUCGUCAAAAAGAAUUCGCCCACAGACCAAGUCUUACAAAAGACCUGGAUACACUUCCCAUGUUCUGGAUGAUGGACCAGGUCAAGCCUGGCGACAAAGACGUAGCUCCGAAGAAUCCACAACACCUUCAAUCAGCUGGUAAACCAACAGGAGACAUUAUUCACGAUUCUGAUGAUAUGAACACCUGGCGCCGGGCAAUGUACGAUCGUGGCUUCGAAAACCCGGCCCGAGCAGGCGCCGUUGAUGGCCCGAUCCUUAGAUACAAAAAGAACGUUGCGCAGCGAUUUGCCCAUCGAAAGCGUAUUCAACUUCAAUAUCAAAUGCACUUAAUCAGACUUAAAGCCCUCCACGAUAAUAAAGUGUUGCCGAAAGUGUUCAGAAGACAGGCGCAAGAGUUUUCAUGGAUGAUGAAUAAUGGUCGAUUUAGACAGUUGAAGAAGCUGGAUAAGGAUCCGUCGACGAUUAUUUGCAGAAUUCAUGGAAGACAUGGCGGAAAUCUCAGGCCAAGAUUUGGCAUAAAGCGUCAACCAAUGCGUUUGCUUAUUGAUUACAACGAGGGCGUUUGCGGCAUUCAAAACGACUUCUGGGGCCGCCGGCAGCGCGAAUUCUACGUCGAUUUCCUCCGCCGUGACCCAACUAAAAAGCGCUACACAUCAAGAUGGUGGCGAGACGAAACUUAUUACAGAUAUCGUCAGCUACCGUCGUAUACUCAAAAACAAGCUCUAAAUGAAACGCCUCCCACUGCGAUUAUCAGCAGUACUCCAUCUCUUCCCGACGUGAAACCAGUGACACCUGACAUUAAACCUAUUCUACAAGCAGAACUUCAACCACCACGACUUCUCUCACCUCCACCACCGUUGAUCAAGAAACCAGAGUCGCCAAAACCCUCUGCUCGUCGGGCAAAGACAAAGUUCCGCCCCUCGGGUAAAAGCUCGAGUCCUUCAAGAGCGCCGGCGUUGAAUUUGUCUCUCUCAGUAUCAGCGUUACCAACAACUCCCGUAGUUGCAGAUCAUCAGCUACAGACUCCCCCCGUGCUCGUUAACACUUCUUCUGCCCCUGAAGUUUCUACCAGCAGUUCUGCCGCUGAUUUAAUCUUAAAAGAAGUUGCAGUGCCGGAAAAUGGAGCGCCAAUGGAUCCACCUGACGCUCCAGUUGUUCAGAAGGAAUCCGUCCAAGACGCGUUGUUUCAAUUCAAAGUACCUCCGCCAGAGAUUGAAAACCCAACAAAACGGGCCAAGAAAACCCCCAAGAAUCAGGUCUUAGCUAUGAGUGUUUCUACUGGCAAGUCUUCGAGGGCAGAAUCGAUCGCUAGGAAGAAACGUGCCGAAGAUACAAUAAAGAAACACACAGCAGAGGACGGCAUCAUCGACAAGACCGAAGUGUCGAUGUCGGACUUGAUCCAUGUCGGCGGCAAGUGUGGCACUUUCGAGAUGAACUUCUCCAAGAAGCUUCGAGAGCAGCGGGAAGCUAAAGAACGGGCGACUACUGCUUCCCAACUCUCUAGCAAGAGCAACGCCACCGUUCAGACGGUCAAGUCAAAGCAGGAAACUGCUCCUACGCCGCAAAGAAUCAUGCCAAAGAUCAGAGUUAUAAACGGAAAGAUGGUUUUGGAUCAAGAUUCACUCUUCCAAAAAGUGCAGGCGUCGGAAACAACAUUGAACACGGAUGAAAUUGUAGAAGACUUCGACUUGUUCGCCGAGAAUGUGAACUCGUUGUCGUAUAGGAAGAGAAAGCUCGCGAGAAGAAGCAAGAAUUGGCAUGAUGACGAAACUGAUAGGUUUUAUGAAGCUUUGACGAUUGUUGGAAAUGAUUUUGAGGCUCUUUCGGGAGCAUUCAUUGGCCGAUCAGCCAGCGAAAUCAAGCGAAAGUUCAUCCGGGAAAACAAGGCUGAUCCAGCUAAGAUAGAUGCGCUUUUGAAAGUACACGCCUCGGGCGAGAGCGACUGGGAUCUGACUAGAUUGCGAGAAGCAGAUGUCGAGUUCCACGCAGAAAUUGAAAAGAAAGAGGAAUUGAAACAAACCCGCAAGAGGGAACGACAGGAAAAUGCGGCGAAGAAAGCUGCCAGGCAAGAAAAAAGGAAACGUGAAAACAACAACACAAAGCUCACCCUUCCAGGGCGAAUGGACAUGACAAAGGUCUUUGGCACGGACAGCGCGAAUCCUAAUCCCGAGUCAACAGACAGCUAG